CUAUUUCUCUUUGUCAUGUAAAAUCUCAUCUCAAAAUCUUUGUUCAUCAGGCGGUGUCCCAAGUAAUUCAUGAAGAGGACUAUCAUUAAAAAGGAUCGUGUUUUGCUGAUCUGAUGAAUUGACUCUGAUAAAUGACAGAUCACGAAUGUCAGUGCUACAUGCAAAUGAGUCAAAGGAGAAGGGGGCUUCUGCCCACCCCAACUUUGCUCUUACUCUAACUCAUGAUGGCUGUGGGCAAGGCCCUGAUGCAUGUGAGGAUCACUCCCAUGCUCUGGCUGAGCAUAUUUCUUUUCCUUUCUGGACAGCCCCAGACUGGACACUCCCAAUACUCUGGCCCCCCAGAAGUGGUGAUUCCUUUGAGGAUCACUGGCACUCUUAGAGGCAUGAGUCCUCCAGGCUGGGUGUCCUACAGUCUUCAUUUUGGGAGCCAGAGACACAUUGUUCACAUGAAGACCAAGAAGCUUUUGGUGUCCAGACACCUCCCUGUGUUCACCUACACUGACCAAGGUGUUCUUCUUGAGGACCGCCCUUUUGUUCCAGAUGACUGCUACUAUCACGGGUAUGUGGAAGGUGAUCCAAGAUCCCUGGUUGUUCUUAGCACCUGUUCUGGGGGAUUUGAUGGAACACUACAGAUAAAAGACAUUGCUUAUGAAAUCAAGCCCAAAAAACAUUCUGUCACGUUUGAACACCUGGUUUAUAAAAUGGCCACUGAGGAAAACCAAUCCCCAGUACUGAAAUGUGGAUUAUCAGACAGAGAAGUAGCACAACAGUUGACACUUCAAGAGAUUGAUAUUCCCAUUCUGGAGCAAAGUGGGUAUCUGGACUGGUGGAUCCACUCAUGGAAACUUGAUAUGGUAUUUGUGGUAGACCAUCAACGAUAUGUUUUUCGACAAAAUAAUAAUACACGUGUGAUAAAAGAAGUUAUAGAAGUUGUUAAUGUGGUAAAUAGUUACUUAAAUGCACUGAGUAUUGACCUGAUAAUAGUUGGACUUGAAAUCUGGGAUAAUCAAGACCUUGUGACAAUAAGUGAUGACAUGCCCUCGGUCCUGACUCACUUUUGCAAUUGGAGGGUUAGCGACUUGAAUCACCGUAUACGUAAUGAUCUAGCACAUCUCCUUUCACACCAAUUUUAUGCUCGUGGGUAUCUUGGUUUAGCUUUUGUGGGGAGUGUAUGUAGUCAUCAUUAUGGUUGUGGAGUUGAUAGAGUCCUUUCAAGGUCUGUGUCAGCGACUUCACAUACUGUGGCCCAUGAGAUAGGACAUAAUUUGGGUAUGCAUCAUGAUGAACAAGUCGGACCAUGUAGGUGUGGGCAGUCAAAAUGCAUCAUGGCUGCACAGGAAAAUUCGUCUACCAAAUUCAGCAAUUGCAGUUAUUCCUAUAUGUGGACAGCCGGUAUAACAAAGAGCUGUCUGAGAAAUAAGCUAAAACCAGCGAAUUUACUUCCAGUGGUGUCCUGUGGGAAUAACGUCGUGGAAGAAGGAGAAGAAUGUGACUGUGGACCUUUAGCAUCUUGUGGAAAUGAUUCAUGCUGUACGACAAAUUGCACUCUAAAAUCUUCAGCUGAAUGUGCCUUUGGGCUUUGUUGCCAAAGCUGCAAUUUUAGGCCACCAGGCACUCUGUGUCGAGAAAAGAAGGGUGAAUGUGAUCUUCCUGAGUGGUGCAAUGGAACUUCACAUGAAUGUCCACAAGAUGUGUAUGUACUGGAUGGAAUGUCUUGUGCAGAGAGUGGGCACUGCUAUGAAAACAAAUGUGUCAACUUCAGCCGUGAUGAACAGUGUAGGCAAAUUUUUGGAAGCAAAGCCAGAAGUGCAAACGAGACUUGCUACAUGGAAAUGAACACCCAAGGCAAUCGUUUUGGUAACUGUGGUAACAACAGUCAAUCGUAUAUAAGAUGUCAGAACAAGGACAUCCUCUGUGGAAGAAUUCAGUGUGAGAAUGUGACAGAAAUCCCCUCUUUGUCUGAACAUACCACUGUACAUUGUUCUCAAAUCAGAGGUAGUAUCUGCUGGGGCACUGACUAUCACUUUGGGAUCCCUGUGCCUGAUAUUGGUGAUGUGAAAGAUGGCACACAGUGUGGUGAGAGAAAUAUGUGCAUCCACAGGAAGUGUGUCACAAUGCCACUUUGGAGUAGUGUUUGUUCACGUGAGGCCUGCAAUAUGUCAGGGAUCUGCAACAAUAGAAAUCAUUGCCACUGUGAUUUUGGAUGGGGGCCACCUAACUGUACCACAGAAGGCUAUGGAGGGAGUGUUGAUAGUGGUCCCCCUCCUAUUCCACUUCCCACUACUACCCCUCCUCCUCUCCCUCCUUCCACUUCCCCUCCUCCUGUUCCUUCUCCCACUUCUCCCACUUCUAUCUAUCUAUUUUUCUUACUUCUUUUGCUUCUUUUGCUUCUCAUCUUGUUAUACUUCUUAUGGAAGAAAAAACCAAUGGAAAUCCCAGAAACUAUUAUUACAGAACAACCUUCAGCUCCUCCACCUGAUGCAUCUGUUCCACCUCCUCCACCUCAAUAGUAGCAUGAUGCUUAGAUCUCACCCAAGAAAAAAAAUGUAAGAAUUAAACUUCAGUUCAGGCAGGUGGUCUCAGUGGGUAAAACUUUACCUGAAAUAGAAGAGCAAAACUUUACAAUUUCAAACAAUAGUCCCAAAUUUUCAAGGAAUUGCCCAUGUAUUCUCCUGGCUGUAGAAAUGUUAUGGUAUGUAUGUCAAAUACUAACAGAAAGUUAUGGAGAUCUAUUAUGUUCCAGGAUCACAAGCAUUCACCAUUAAAUAAAGGCUAUUCCUACCAUA